AUGUAUGGAGAGGGCCGAGAGGAGGCCGCUAGGCUAUAUGUUCCCCCACUGCUUGAAGAUGACGAGCGUCUGAACGAUCCCGACGCUUCCGAAGAUCUGCCGCCACCCGAUGUCGAAGCAGGCAGCGCGCUUCCCGUCUGGCUGCGGGAGUCAUCAAAGUCCUUUCGCUGGGGAUGGGUGCCGCUACCUCUCCGAAAGGUCGGUCGCGCGACCGCCAAUUGGGUCAAGGGCCCCGAUCCGCCACAUAUGCUUCUGUUGAAGCCACUGUUUCCGCGAGUCCAAGAGCUUCCAGUCCAAUAUUUUGACCAUUUCUUUCCCAAGCGCAAGUUCAAGACUGUAUUCUUAUUGCUGCUCUAUAUAUCUUGGUUCUUGCCUUGGUUUCUGAUUUUAUUACACUCGCGCUCGUCCGGGUACAUCGAAGGAUAUGGCCAGCCCCAGACGCUGUCCUGCUCAACAAACUUCUGGGAAUUCGAUAAUGGAUGUGGUGUUAACGGAAACGACUGCCGCCCAUUUUCUUCUUCAACCAUUCCCUUCCGGUGUCCUGCGAAUUGCCGUGAUACUAAAUUACUAGAGCCUCACGUUGUGGGAAACCAUACAUACAAUUACCAAGGCCUAGUAAUUGGAGGACCUAAGCCGGAUUCCUCCGAUCCAGCACUUUACCGGGCGGAUAGCUUUAUCUGCCAGGCAGCAAUCCAUGUCGGCGCAAUCUCAAACGAUGGGGGCUGCGGUGUUGCCAGACUUGAGGGUGCAGCGCACUCUUUCCCGUCAGUGAAGCAGCAUGGCAUUCUAUCUGUUGGGUUUCCAUCGACCUUCCCGAAAGCUUUCAGCUUCCUCCAGCUAUCCUCGCCGCAAGCCAGCUGCCCGUCAGAUCCCCGCUGGACGCUCCUCGGAAUCACCGCUGCUGCCGUUGGCGUCCUAUGGUUAUUCUGUACAUCACCGCCUGUACUGUUUUUCAGUACAUUCUUCAUGGUGUUCUGUCAUACGGGGCUUGUUGGAGACCCGCCGUCGUAUCCUUUCUUGACCGACCUUGUCUCCAGUCUUCUAUCACGACUGUUGCCAGCGUCAUUUGUCGUAUACGUACUUUACAAGUUCUGUGCAGCACCGCUUUUGCAGCCACUCUCCUCGCCUAUCUACCAGCUUUCAAAGAUGUUCCUUUUCCUACCUCCACUUUUUAUUGGAGCCCUGAACAAUUAUACCUUUGCGCGCUUGAUUCCCUUACAGCGUCUGACCCCGAUGGAUAUUCAGAAACAACCCGGGGCAAAGUUGGCGCUAGCUUUUGUCAUCCCAAUUGUGAUUUUGGUUAUACUGAGCCAGGCGUGGCAAAUUCGCCAGGGAGGUCUGCUCCCACGGUUUUUGAAGAUAUACUGUACGAUGGGGCUCAUCAUCUUAAUUUUGCUUCCCCUUCCUGGUCUUCGCCUUCGAAUUCAUCAUUAUAUCCUCGCCAUUCUCCUCAUGCCGGGAACUGCAUUUCCCACUCGACCCUCGCUGAUAUACCAGGGUCUGUUGCUGGGUCUCUUCAUCAACGGAGUUGCACGGUGGGGCUUUGCGUCGAUCAUCGAGACUCCGGCAGCUUUAGGAGAGCAAGCACCACUUGGAGAUGGUAUCCAUGGCUGGUGGGGUGCUACCUAUCCCAAUAUCACGACCGCAUCUGUGAACAUCUCCCUGCCAGAGCCAGGAUCGGGCCACAUCUAUCGCGGCAAUGGAAACAUCACCUUCGCUCUGUGGGAACACGAGCGUAUGGCAGAUCUAGCAGUGGACGGUAUCUCGGUUCUUCUGAACGACGUAGAGCGCUGGCGCGGUUAUCUUGAUGAGGACAAGCGUGGAGAAUUUACCUGGCACCGCCAUGGCCACGAUGGCCUGGAGCUACAGACAAAUCCUCGCCUGGUCAACCGUGAUUUGGACACUAAUCUUGACACUAAUUCGGUUCUUUUGGCUGAUAGUGAUUUUGAUGAUCAACCUGAAGAUCUAUUUUUCCGAUUCGCAUUUUUGAGAGGCUCCGAGGCUGGCACUUACGGUCCGACAGGAGUCUGGCUGAGCGAUGGCACGUGGUCGCCCCCUGCACCUCCAAAGAAAUAG